AGUGCAAUGUUUGAGAGACAGGCUCAAAUUCUAACGCCUCUUUUGUAACCCAGAGAGAUUCUCUCUUGCUUUGUGAAAAAACUGGUUGAGAAACGUGUUCCUCAAAUUCCAUUAAAGCUGAAACGGUUUUGGCUCAGCAAGCAAAGAAAUCAUAAUAAUAAUAAAAAAAGGCAAACUUGGUGACUGAGACCAACAAAAAUCGCCGAAUCUCUGAAACUGACCCAUAAUCCCAAAAUCCCAAUCAUCACUUUCCGUGUCACUCUCUUCCUCCCCCCACGUUUCAUCUCCUCCCUCCCCUCUUUAUGGGGUUUUAACUUCCCCUCUCUUCUUCUUCAUUCCUUCCUUCCUCUGAUCUCACAACCACGAUGAGGCUCUACGUCUACGUCCUACAAGCGAAGGAUGUUCCGGUCCAAGAGACGUUCGUCGUGCUAAACGUCGGGAAACACAAGUCGAAGACGAGAGUUUCCAGAGGUACUCCCAAUCCGAUCUGGAAUGAGGAAUUCGUUUUCAGAGUCGGUGAUGACGUUGAGGAAGGUGACGCCGACGAUGUUGUUGUAUCUCUUCUUCAUCAUGACCAAGAUAAUGUCUCCACUGGAUUGAUUGGUAAAGUCCGGAUUCCGCUUUCCUUCAUCGCCGCUGAAGAGAACCAGACGUUGCUGCCCACGUGGUUCCUCAUUGAAAAGCCCACUGAUGAUGGCAAGUUCGUUAACAUCGAAUGUGGGAAAAUCCUUCUCAGUUUGUCAUUGCAAGGGAAGUCUGAAAGUACCUCUGGUGAAAAAGUCCUCCCUGAUAAGCAGGAGGUGAGCUCGGAGGGUGUUAAAGAAGUCCAAGGAUCUGCUAAAGAUCCUGGUUCGUCCUCCAAAGAUGGGAGACGGCGUAAACACGUUGAUGGGAAGCACAUGAUGAAGAAUUUGGUCAACCAGAUUGACAAGCUUUUUCAUAAGAAAGAGGAAAUCUCCAAGAGACUCAACGAUGAGCCAGCAGGAGAGAGUAGUGUAAACUCAAACUCAAAUUAUGAGGAUGCCACAGACAAAUCUUUCUCCUCUGCUUCUACUACUUGUACUAGCUUUGAGGAAGGCCUUGAUCUGAUGAUGCAGUCUAGCGACGGAGAAAUAGAAGAAAUGCCUGAGAAUCUUCUUGGGGGAGUUCUCCUCGAUCAGAAAUAUUUAGUCUCACCUUCUGAGCUUAACAAGUUUCUCUUCUCGUCAAAUUCCCAGUUUAGGAAAGAGUUGGCUGAACUUCAAAGUUUAUCAGAUGUACAGGAAGGGCCUUGGACAAUGGUGCAGGAAGAUACUACUCCUCGUCUAACACGGUCUGUCACAUACAUGAGACCUCCAACAAAGUUGGUCAAAGCAGGAAAAGCCACAGAGAGUCAAGUUUACCGGAAAGCGAGUGGGAAUCAGUUUGCUGUUUUUGUAAGUGUAAGUACACCAGAUGUUCCUUAUGGAAACACCUUUAAAGUAGAGUUGCUUUACAAGAUUCUACCUGUAACGGAGCCAAACACUGAUGGUGAAUCUUCUCGGCUGAUUAUAUCGUGGGGUAUUCAGUUCAGCCAAAGUACUAUAAUGAAAGGUAUGAUUGAAGGAGGUGCUAGGCAAGGGCUGAAAGAGAGCUUUGAGCAAUUUUCUGAUCUCUUGGCUAAGAAUUACAAAACUCUUGAUCCGGCUGCUGUAUUGGACAAGGAGCAGGUUAUAGCAACAGUGCAGUCAGAGCCAAAGACUGAUUUGAAAUCAGCUUUUCUAUACUUCUGGAGCUCCUCUGUCGUCUGUGCAGUUCUCUUGUCUGUGUAUGUUGUGGUACAUAUACUUCACUGCGAGCCCAGCAAAAUCCAAGGAGUUGAAUUCUAUGGACUUGAUUUACCUGAUAGUUUUGGGGAGCUGUUUUCUGGUGGGAUGCUAGUUCUUCUUUUGGAGCGUGUUUAUAUGAUGACAGUACACUUUAUACAAGCUAGACUGCAUCGAGGAAAAGACCAAGGAGGCAAAGCUAAUGGUAAGGGAUGGAUUCUGACAAUAGCUCUGAUUAAGGGCACAAAUUUGGCUUCGGUGGAAGCAACAGAGCUCUUUGAUCCUUAUGUUAUUUUUACUUGCAAUGGGAAAACAAGAACAAGCUCUGUCAAACUCCAAGCACGGGAUCCUCAGUGGAAUGAGGUGAUCGAAUUUGAUGCGAUGGAGGAACCACCGUCAGUAUUAGAUGUGGAGGUAUUUGAUUUUGAUGGUCCAUUUGACCAGGGUGUCUCCCUUGGGCAUGCGGAGAUCAACUUCCUGAAACUUACAGCGGAUGAACUUGCGGACUUGUGUGUUCCUCUAGUUGGUCAUCAUGCUCAAGCGUCUCAGUCAAAGUUACAGUUGAGAAUUUUCCUGGAAAACAAGAACGGUGUUGAAACAAUGAAGGAUUACUUGAGUAAGGUGGAAAAGGAAGUCGGAAAGAAGUUGAAUAUACGGUCGCCACAAAAGAACUCUGCUUUCCAGAAAUUGUUUGGUUUGCCCCAUGAAGAGUUCCUUCUUAAAGAAUACACAUGUUACUUGAAGAGAAAACUCCCCGUGCAGGGCAAGCUCUUUCUGUCGGCUAGAAUUGUGGCGUUCCAUUCUAAUAUAUUUGGACACAAGACAAAGUUUUACUUUCUCUGGGAAGAUAUUGAUGACAUCCAAGUGCUCCCCCCAACGUUUGCUUCCUUAGGUAGCCCUUUACUGGUCAUUAUUCUGAAAAAGAACCGAGGUCUUGAUGCAAAGCAUGGGGCUAAAUCUCAGGAUGAGGAAGGAAGGCUUUGGUUCUAUUUCCAAUCAUUUGUGUCAUUUGAUGCGACUAGCAGGACAAUCAUGGCUUUGUGGAAAACGAGGACGUUAAGUGUAGAUCAAAGAGCACAUAUAGCAGAAGAAGAAUCAGAUGUGUCAGAUCCUUUCCUCUUGCCAGGAGAUGUUGCAGUUGUUUCCGAUGCUGAACCGUUAAAGAUGUCAAAGGUGUACGCAUGUGAUCUACCUGGCGAUGUAGAAUUGGUUAUGAAGAUCUUUGGUGGAGGAGAAAUGGAGCGUAAGAUCAUGGAGAAAUCUGGAUGUCUCAAUUACGCGAGCACAACAUGGGAGUCUAAAAAACCUGGGAUCUAUGAAAGACGGGUUUCUUACAAAUACAAUCACACUGUCUCUGUGUUUGGAGGCGGAGUUACCUGCUCGCAACAGAAAUCUCCAGCUCCAAAUGAUGAAGGCUGGAUCUUAAAUGACAUCGUAGCUCUUCAUGAUGUUCCAUUUGGAGACCAUUUUCGCGUUCAUCUAAGGUAUGAAGUGAAAAAAACAGGAGUUGAUUGUACAACAAGUAAGUGUGAGGUCUACUUGAGGAUCAGGUGGCUGAAACCGAUAAAGUUUGAACAGAGGAUAAGCAAAAGUAUAAUGGAGAAGUUCAGGAAUCGAUUGAAGGUUAUAUUUGAUUUGUUCCAGAAAGAAUCUGUUGCAAAUUCAUCUUUGACACUUCUUUGACUAGUAAUAAAACUAUACUUUGUUUCUUAGUUUGUCACCUUCACUUGCUCUGUUCAUGUGACUCCACCUCCUGUGACACCAAAGUUUCUAAUGUAUAAACGGUUAAUAAGAAUGAAACUAGCUGCUAGAACUCGAA